AUGGAUAUAAUGAUUGCCCCGAUUGCAAGAGAUGAAGUUUCUGAUAAUUGGAAUUUUAAUUUAAAUAGUGAUGAAAAUUUAAUUAAUAAAAAUUCAGAAUUAAUUGAUAAAUUAAUUAAUGAAAUGUUAAUUGAUGGAAAUAAAUUAUUUACUAAAAGUAUUGUUAUGUUAACAGGUUAUCGAGCAGCUUUUAGGCAAAUGUUUGUUUUGUUGGAUAAAUCCAAAAGAGAAAUUUUCAAGGAUUUACUAAAAGCUAUUAAGCAUUGGGCAAAGCGUAUGUUUUAUUAUAUAUUGUCAAAAUCAUCUCCCCGAUCCGGAUUCUGUUCAGGAUCCAGACCGGCCCAGCUGGAUUUUUCUCGAUAG